AUGGACGUAUUUGGGAUCUUUAUCUCUCCAUUUGUACAAGCUACGGUUGAUAAAUUGUCCUCUUAUUUAAUCAACUUAGUGAGCACAGCGGACGUUGGCACUGGCAUCCAGAAUCUGAAGAAGGCAUUAGAGGAUUUAGAGACUCUGUUGGCUGAUGCAGAGAACAAACAAGUGUACGACAAGGAUAUCAAAAAGUGGCUAGAAGAGGUUCAACCUUUGGCUUACGAUGCAGAUGACUUAUUGGAUGAUUUUGCCACUGAAGCUCUCGAAAGGAAGAUAAUGGCGGAGGAGACAACGAUGGGAAGAAGACCAGCUAAGUUUCCACGCCUCUCUUCUAUUUUUCCAUUCAAUUUAAAAAAUGGGUCUAAGCUAAAUGAGAUUACUAGUCAAUUACAAGAAGUUGCUACGAAAGGAAAAGAUCUUGGUUUGGAUAAAAGACUUGCUGGAAGGAUGUCUACAGAUCUAUGGCAGAGAUCACAAACUACAUCUUUGAAGGAGCCUCACAUUCAUGGCAGAGAUGAAGACAUGAAGCAAAUUAUCGAAUUGCUACUUGGGGAUGCACCUACUGCAAAAAAGUUUGAUGUAAUUCCUAUUGUAGGCAUGGGUGGGAUCGGCAAGACUACACUAGUUCAGCACAUUUAUGAUCACGACAAAGUGGAAAAGCAUUUCAAUAUGCAAGCAUGGGUUUGUGUUUCUGUUGACUUCGACAUUCUGGGAACAACAAAGGCAAUUCUCGAGUCAUUCACUCACCGUCCAUGUGAUUUGGGCAAGUUAAAUGAGGUUCAAGUCCAACUAAGAAACACACUGGCAGAAAAAAAGUUUUUGCUUGUUCUAGAUGAUGUGUGGCACUAUGGACAUGAUGGGUGGAAUUCGCUACGAUUGCCCUUUGAAGCCGGAGCACCUGGAAGUAAAAUCAUUGUGACAACGCGACAAGGAGGUGUUGUAAAGCAGAUGGGUAUGGAUGAAUAUCUCAAUUUGAAAAACUUACUAUAUGAUGAUUGUUGGUUAAUCUUUGCCCAUCAUGCAUUUGAGAAUAGAAAUAUCAUGGAAUGCCCGGAAUUGGUAUCAAUUGGGAAGAAAAUUGUUAAGCAUAGGUGCGGAGGCUUGCCCUUGGCAGCUAGGGCCCUUGGCAGCUUAUUACGAUGUAAACAAGAAGAGCGUGAAUGGAAAGAAAUACUAAAUAGCAAUAUAUGGAAUGAGGAAAGUGGCAUUCUCUCAGCAUUGAAAUUGAGCUACCUUCAUCUCCCUUCCCAUUUGAAGAGGUGCUUUUCUUACUGCGCAAUUAUCCCAAUGGACUAUGAAUUCAAGGAGGAGGAAUUAGUCUUGCUAUGGAUGGCUGAAAGUUUAAUUGAGCAACCAAAAGUUGGAGACGAAGUGGAAGAUUUAGGCCGCAAGUAUUUUCACGAAUUGGUGUCAAGAUCAUUUUUUCAACCGUCAAGCGGUAACAAAUCACAAUUCAUAAUGCAUGACCUCAUCAAUGAUUUGGCUCAAGAUGUCGCAGGAGACAAAUGUUUUAGGUUCAAGAAUAAUUUGGAGUAUGGCAGGCAUAACAAGAUUUCGGACAAAGCUCGACAUUCAUCUUAUGUUGGUAGCAAUUAUGAAGGAAUCAAAAAAUUUAAAGUUUUUGAUGAUGCCAAAUGCUUACGAACACUCUUACAGUUUUUUCCACGGAGUAUGAGUACAUCGAGGUACUUGUUUCAUGAUUUGUUGCCAAAGUUAAAAUGCUUACGAGAGUUGCGUUUACAUUGUGCUAUGAUGGAUGAACUACCAGAUUCCAUUGGAGAUCUAAAGCACUUGCGGUACUUUGAUAUAUCCUAUUCUGGGAUUACAAGGUUGCCUGACACAGUGGUAACUCUCUACAAUUUACAAGUCUUGUUUUUGAAAUCUUGUCAUCAACUUGAGAAGUUGCCUCCAAACAUGGGAAACCUGGUGAACCUACACCAUUUUGAUAUGACCGGUGCAAAUAUUCGAUCAUUAGAAGAGAUGCCGCUACAGACAGAUUAUCUAAAUGGGUGGGAGAUGCUUCGUUCUCUGAAAUAG